CUUCUGCUGCUAGGGUCCUGUAACUCUCUCUCCUCCUCCUCCUCCCAUCUCAUACCUUUGAUGGGGGGUGCAGCGGUGAAGUCACAGUGAUGUCAUUUUAGGAUGUGAGAGUCGUGGGCAAGGUGAGCUGGUUUUGCGGUGUGUGGUGUCCCUUCCACGACCAGCGUUGCCUGUACAGAGGCGCGGAGCGGCGAAAGAUGAUCAUCGCCACCGGCACCAAUUCAAGCUCCGACGCGCUCUGUCCCUCUCCUCCUGCUCAGAUCUCGGGCUAUGGGGCCCUGAUCUGCCUUGAACCCAAAAUAAGCCUUUACCACCACCAUGCCAAAGGACAACAAAUAAGAAGAGUUGCAUUUUUAGGGCAGGUAACUGUGACCACGUGCCCCAAAGGUAGACUGGAUGGCCAUUGCGCAAAGGUGCCUCUACAGCAUGUCCAGCGGGGCCAGGACGCACUGGACGCUGCCAGCAGUUCUUGUACUGUGGACUUCUCUCUGGGGGAUCGUUUCAUCUUAUCCGAUUCCGAGCAGGACUAAUGCGACUUUAAUGGAAAAGAAGUGGGAGACGCUCUUCUCCCGCUCCUACCUGGGUAUAACUGGGGGGAAAUCGGAGCUGAACUGGGAGAGUGACUAUUUACAGGGCAUCAAAAGAGUGCGGCGACUGUACUGCAACGUGGGCAUUGGGUUUCACCUGCAGGUGCUCCCGGAUGGCAGGAUAAGCGGUGCACACAAUGAGAACCAAUACAGUCUAAUAGAGAUCUCCACCGUGGACCGAGGAGUGAUCAGCAUGUUCGGGGUGAGCAGUGAGCUGUUUGUCGCAAUGAACAGCAGGGGAAGGUUAUACGGAACGAGAGUCUUCGUGGAUGAGUGCAAGUUCAAGGAGACUUUGCUGCCCAACAACUAUAACGCCUAUGAGUCUUUUGUUUACAAGGGCUUCUACAUCGCCCUCAGCAAGCAUGGCCGCGCAAAGAGAGGCAACAAGGCCACCACCGCCAUGACCGUCACACAUUUCCUCCCGCGACUAUGAGAGAAACUGGCAAUAACUCAGUAAUUUGCACAUGUGGAUGUUCUUCCAGGUAAUAUAGAAAUGCAUAGUCAUGUCACCGAUGGACUGCGAAAGAUAACACAAAUAUUUAUUCUGUUUAUAUAUAUAUGUAUAUUUGGAUAGCUAUCUUUGUAUAUGUACUGUGCUGCUUAUUGUUUUUAUGGACGGGGAGAGUUGAAGCCCUUGCCUGUCUCACUUUACCUUGGUGCUUGCUGUAACUGAACUACGUGUCACUUCCUUUUUUGAGAUGGAGGAUGAGCUAUAUCCUGUGCUUUUAAAGAGUGAAAUGAAUACUUUUUAUUACCUCAAAGAACCACUUUACUAGAUUAAGGGAUGCAUGGACUUCUGCUCAACUAUCUGCUAAGUUUAUGAUUUCUUUCAAACCUUUUGAGCGCUUGAUGGCUCCCUGCUCGAUGAUUGAUGUCCGGCAGUGGGAGAAACUUAAAUGCACUACCUUUGCUGCACGAUUUAAAGGUGCCUUGGUGUUCCCACUUGUGGCCCCCUUAAACUUGCAUGUAAGAGACACCCGCCGGAGUCAGAAAUAGGGCUGACACUCCGGAGAGGGGCUCAGAGAAGGGGGGGGGGGUUGACUAUCUCUGGUUUAUUUUCUUUUCUGUAAUUAGAUCAAUUAAGUAAUAUACAGUCUGUGGUUGAGACCAGAGAGCGGUCAGCCAUCGAGAGUGGCACAAGGCCAUAAGUUUGACUGUGUGGCAUCGCCAGCUAAUAAACAGGGUUGAAUGCUUAUCUAUCCGAGCAUGGAGGACAUUUUUGUUUGGACCUGGCUUGCACAAGAAUAGACUGAACGGAUAGAUGGCGAGCGCACAGUGGAAAUGUACCUGCACAUUGUCCUGGACAAAGCUCCUACAGUAAAGCGGGUUGCUGUUUUUUUGUUUUGUUUUUUAAAUCGCAAAGCUUUAGCUGCUGCUGAAAAUGAUGUCUACUGUCCAUGAAACCAAUGAAAAACGAUGUAAAUAGUUGCAAAUGUAAAAGAAGAAUUCAGGAGCUUUUUGACGCUGCUUUUGUCGCAGUUGCCUGAACGAGGCAAAAAGAGUUCAGGUUGCACAGUUAGCCAUCGAUGAUGGUGCCUGAAUGUUUGGGUAGGAAUCGUUCCCACGUUUGUUUCUUUUAAUUGAUCGUUGUGUGCGCGUGCCCUGGGCCAUUUCCCCUGCUUGACUGUGUGCUCUGCAGCAGCACUGCAGUGGCAGCGAGGUGUUGGGAGCUGGAGGCAGGUAGUCUUAAAUUCGAUUAUGGAUGAGUCAAUCAUGUCUCUCCUGAAGGACUAAAGGACUAAAGGACAGUGCCGUUGGUGGACUGGAUGCACGCUGUAAGAAAUGUCAUCAUUUCUGUUGAUUUUAAGUUAGUUUUGUAUAAAUUUGAGGGGUAAAACGUGGGCAUAGAAGCACCUUUUUAAAUAUAUAACAGGGUAUUCAUAUAAGUAUCGCUAUGCAUAGUGGCAGUCUGUUUACAAAGCUGAACCAUGCUUUAUACACGUGUUGCUGUCAAGUGGAUCGGUUGAUAUCUCGUUAUAUAUUCCAAGGAUGUUUUUCUAGCUUCACUCGGUGUCAGAGAAUCUUAAAGCGUGCAUCUACCCGCGUACUUUCUGCAGCUGUUGACUUGAAAAGCUGAAUGUUGCUGCCUCCACCCGUUCUUGUGUUUAGAGAGAAAGCAGGACUAUUUAAAUCCAGGAAAGACGAACGCGAGGGAGCCGGCCCGCUGUCUUUGUUGUUCGUCAAAACCCCCUGCUGGAAUGUGGAUCUGCCAGGAUGACAGGCAGCCUCCCGCAUACCUGAGUGGCCCCCCCUCUGAGCUCUGUCACCCCUCGCCACCCACCUCUGCUCGUCCCUUACCCCCCUCACCCAUUGCAGACAGGGACCUUGGGAUUCCAGCUGUAACCCAGGAGCUUCCUCCUCUCCUUUCAGCCUUUUUUAGUUCAAGGUCAGAGUCACAGACCAGCCUUGGCCCCAACCCCGGUGGCCAGGGGUGGUCGGCUAUAUGGGUCGUACUGUUUCCAUGAAAUAGGAAUUUGAAGUAUCUUUUUCAUGCAGGAAACACUUUAUUUUACUCGUAGACGGAAUAUAAUUAAUUGAACGGAUGGCUCUACUGCGGAUAGCUCUUAUACCUCCUCAUAGUUUACAAUCCUACUUCUCUUCUUUGAGUUUAUACAACCCCACCUCUUUAAAAUGCAGCUCCACAACAUGCUGACUCCUCCCCCUUUCUGAGUACUCAUGUUGGGGUAUUUCUGGGGAGGGGACAUCUGCAGAGUUAAUGCAGAGUGUGAGGAGCAGCAGGCAGAGAGCAGAGUCACGCAGGGCCUCACCUCUCCUGCUGCAGGACGGCACCACAGCCAUCCUCAGGACGUGCCCGCUGCUGCUGCUGCUGCUGCUGCUGCUGCUGCUGCUGGGCACUGCCCUGACCCCCCCCCCCCCCCCCCCCCCCCCCCCCCCAACACCUUUCAUCACCAGUAUCACCUGCUGCUCAACUGUCUAUGACGCACAGAUCGAUUCAUAACAGUAUUUUUCUAACAGAUAAAUCUCUUGCUCUUUUUUGUUCUGAAGACUUUUUUCUUUUUACCGAGAGGCAAAUGAAUCUUGGGCUUAAAAUAAGAAACAGACUUGUUGCUGCUGUAGAUGAGACUGCAUGAAAUACCACAGAUGUACAUUUCUUGUCGGGAUUAAGUCGUCAUCAUUUUUUUGGCUGAAGUAGACAAAAAGCAAAAAGCAAUCCUUGUUUCAGCUGAGGAAGCUGUGGAAGUGAAUUUUGCGCAUGCACAGCAAUGAGCACUUCUCUUUGCCCGCCUCACAAUCAAAGAUGUCUGCCGUCUGUAGCAGCACCUUACUUGAUUAUAAACUACACUAAAAGAGUUUUCUCACAUUUUUCUGUCAAGAAUUAUAGCUGGAUCCCUAAAAGAGUGAACGUCUGUGUCUAAAACAAAAAGCUCACCUUUCAGCUUUGACCAAAAAAUGUUAUCCAGAUUUCUCUGUCUUUUUUUUUUCUUUCAGCUUAUUAUAGAUCUAAUUUGAAUUAAUUCAAGGGGAGGAAUAUCUUUUUUAAAUAAUGUUUAAUGUACUAUUAGCAUGCCCGAGCCCCGAGCUUAAUUAGGGGUGUGUGCUUCAUGUGUUUCUUUUUAAACUCCUGCUCUGAAAGGGAGUGAGUCUCCACUCUAUUCCUCUCAUCUGUUCUCAUAUACCUCACCCUCUGCCUUAGUUUUGGUUUGCUGAUGACUGUAAAUUAAGACGAAACAAACUUCAUUUAUUUGUUUCUGAAAACAGACAAUGUUAAGUAAGGAUAUUAAAGUUUUUCCUUUUAUUUUUGUACGUAUGUGCUGUGCACAGCAGUCUACUGUAUUCCUGAGAUAACAAUAAAAGUUUUUUUUUUAACCGGUU